AUGGAGAAGGCUCGGGACACUGCGAAGACCUUAGAGGGCCCGCAUGGUGCGCAUGGCCCCGGUGACAAGGCAUCUCCAUCCAAGCGGGUGGACUCUAGUCUCGACCCGGGGCUCAGAGACACCGCGGCCUCCCCCCUUGCAGGAUUCCGGCAUGCAUCGCGGAUUGGGGCCGACCAAGACGCAGCUCCGCCGCAGCAGCUCCACCGUGAGCCAGGGUACGCACCUGCCUCGCCGUCACCCGGCCCCGCUCCUGCACAGCCUCAUCAGCCUACCGUGCCACCGGGGCGGGACGCGACAUACUAUCAUCCGGGCACAUCCCGCGCUGCCCCGCCGCAGAGACCGAUCGCUCCACUCCCACCUGCGCCUCCCCCGUCAGGUCCCGUAUACCCAGGGUUCUCUGCCGGGCCACCUUAUGCUCCACCGCCCGGGAUGCCCUUCUUCUGGCAAGGAGGACCCCCGCAGCCCGCACCCCCCCCGCAGCAGUCGUUCCAACCGCCCGCCAUCCCGAGUAUGAGUGCCGCGGGUGAAGGCGGCGGGGAGUGGGUGCACGACGCCGGAGGCGAGGUUGGUGUGUGCGGGGCUACAAAUGAUGGCUACAACGGCGGACGUCCCAGGAACAAGUACGUAGGUGUUACCGCGCAGGGAGAUGUUUGGGUUGCCAAGCUGUUGAUGCCGCCCCCAGGCAACCCCAUAUGCAUGGGCCCUUUCCCGAGCGAGGAGGAGGCAGCCAAGGGAUACAAGGCUGCCGCACUGGUGGUAAGGCCGCAGGGUUAUCGCAUCCAGCGCAGUAUUGAACUGACCCCGUCGGAGCACCAGCUGCUCAAAGGGUGCACCAAGCAGCACGUGAUGAGCCUCGCCGAGCGUGGCCUCUGGCAUAGGUGGCGCGAAUGGCGGCAGCUCAUGCCGGAGCUUCCCCCGGCUCCACUGCUACAGGUUCCGCACGCCCCCACCAUGCUGCCGCCGCGCACGCAAGCACAGCCGAGCAGCAGCGUUGCCACACAACCCCCGGGCAUGGGCCACUUACGACCGCAUAGUGGUCAGCCGCAAUAUUUGGAUGAGCAUCAGGGUUACAACUGA